CUAAGGCUGUCUCUGUCUCAUUUUACCCAUAUUUGUAUCAUCAGACUAAGUAUAGAAGAUCAUGAUGAAGCUUCUCGAGAUGGAAGUGAUCUCGAAGGAGAUGGUGAAACCGACGUCCCCAACUCCCCAGCACCUUCGUCGCCACCGUCUAUCCUUCCUCGACCAAAUAUCUCCCCCAAUCUUCAUGCCCAUGAUUCUCUUCUACUCAUCGGGCGAAGUUGAAAAGAAGACGAAAGAUGACUUGUCCAAGCACCUAAAACAAUCUUUGUCACAAAUCCUAACACAAUACUACAUGUUGGCGGGGCGCGUCUCUGAGGACAACCUCCAUGUUGAUUGUAAUGACGCUGGGGUACCCUUCUUUGAAACUCGCGCUAACUGCACGUUAUACGAUCUUAUACACGAUCCAGAUCCCAAUGAAUUCAACAAGCUUCUUGCUUAUGAUUUGGCCGAUGUUAAGGACCUGGGCAUGGCAGUUCAGGUUAACUUCUUUAGCUGUGGAGGCAUGGCAGUUGGUGUUGGGAUCUCUCAUAAGAUUACUGAUGCCAUGGGCUUCUGUCAUCUUAUUAAUAACUGGUCUGUUGUGGCCUGUGGAGAAGGAAAGAUGUUGCCGCCACGGUUUGUUGGGGCAGACAUCUUCCCGCCAUUAGAGUUGGGAAGCUUCCUACCGAGUGUUGGAAUGUUGCCCAUAGAGGAUGUUGUUGUCAAAAGGUUUGUCUUCCCCACGGACAAGAUUACCCAACUUCAGGACUGUUACACCGAAGACACAAUCCGGCCAAGUAGAAUUGAGGCUCUUUCUGUGUUCAUAUGGAGUCGGUUCAUGGCAACAGUUGAAGGAGGCGGGGACCCAAACAAGACUUACCUGAUAAUCCACCCGGUCAACCUCCGGCGACGUGGCAGCAAGACCGGUCCGCAACUCCUGGACGACCGAUGCUUCGGGAACAUCUACCGCAUAGCGAUGACAGAGCCCACGAAGGACGAUGACGGAAAAUACUCGGACGUGGUGCGGAAGAUGAGGAAAGCAUUAAAGAGCAUCGAUGACGUGUACGUGGCAAAGCUACAAGAAGGUGGGGAUCACCUGGACUUUCUUCAGGAGAUGAUGGAGUUGUUUCUUAAGGGAGAAGUCAUUGCCUUUAGCUUCACUAGCCUUUCCAAGUUCUCACUCUAUGAGUCGGAUUUUGGGUUUGGGAAACCGGUUUGGUUCGGUUCGUCCCGGUUUGAUUUCAAUAAUCUGGUUAGUUUCAUUGAUACCCGUAUGGAAGAUGGGGUCGAGGCUUGGAUAAACAUGUCGCCCAAGGACAUGGCUAAAUUUGAGGCCGACAACCAACUUAUGUCCUACGUCUCACCGGUCAGUCCAUUCUAAUAAGGAAUAAAUAUA